AUGGUGGGAAGAGUUAAAAAAAAUCGUGCGGCUGCACAGCCUGCCACUCGUACUCCUAGUAUUUCUACGCGAUCUGGCCGCGCAGCUCAAGAUCCAGUUCUAGCUCCCGCUGCUACCCGCGGGAGAGGUCGUGGUCGAGGACGAGGUCGCGGCCGUGGCCGUGCCAGUCUUCCUGGCCGUCUUCCGAGCUUUGAAUCGCCGGGCACAGAAGUUCGCUCGCGCAUCAUCAAACUUAAAGUUCCUGCAGAGAAACUGCUCCAGUACGUCGAUGCUGAUGAAGAAGAUCUCGAUGACAUCCCGCAUGAGGAUCAUGAUCAUGAACAUGAACAUGAACAUGAAAACGAACCCAGUGCCGUCUCGCAACCAGAGACCCCUCGCACUCGACGUCCCCGGCAUCCCCGGACUGUUCCUGAGUCUUCGCGGACUACGCGGCAAUCAGCAAGACUAAAGCCCGGCGAAAAUGGUGUUUUCGAAGAAGACGUCUCCCCAACCAAGGUCGUUGAUACCGAAGCCAGCCAGCUAGAUGACGACAUGGACGAUUCUCAUUACGAUGAGGACUUCAAGUCUCAAACUCCUUUCCAAAAGACCUCCCAAUCCCCCCAACCUCGCAUUAUUGCUUCGGCCCCAGUGUCGCCUGGGGGCACCCAAAUCGAGCCUGCCGAGGGCAUGGCCGAUGGAAUCGAAAUCACCAAAAACGAUAUUUCCGAGCCAACCGAAACAAAGGUUGGAGAGACUCCUAUCAGUCAAAGCCCAACCAUUGCUGCAUUUGAAGAAGCGCCAUUCAGCGCCGUGUCUUCGCCUCGAACCAUGCGCAAGCGGAAGUCACUGGGAACACAAGAUGAAUCCCCGGAUUAUGAUUCCGAGGAUGUUCUGAACAAAAAGCUGCGAAUUGAAGAGACUGAACAUGAAGGAACCCCUGAGAGCCAUUUGCAAAAUGGCACAGACAUGGACACACAGAAUGAAACAUCUCCCGAGGACAUCCCUGUCCCCUCUGAAGAAUUUGACAACCCUGCUUACAUCCCCUCUGUUCGAGGAGGCCGUGGAGGCCGUGGAGCCCGUGGAGGCCGAGGUCGGGGCCGUGGACGGGGCCGUGGUCGCGGUGGUCGCGGUGGUUUCGUCGGCCCAGUUCGACCUGCAGCAGUUACGAAGACUCGAGGUGGCCGAGGCCGCGGUCGUGGUAAGGCCGCCAAUGCCAAACGCGGCGGCAAGAAAAUUGAAGACGAGAUUUGGGACGUCGCCGAGAAUUGGCGUGGCCGCACUCCAUCACCUACCCCGGAAUCAUUGCCCACCAAGAGCCGCCAGGAGGAAAUGGCCGCGCUCUUUAAAAAAGUUGGUCAGGCUCAGCAGAUUGCGUUGAGUUUCAUGGCCGAACAGUCGAUGCACAAGAUUGCACGCGAUAAAAAUGCACACAAAGAUUGUCCUGAAUUCACUCAAAUCCAGCGGGAUCUGGAUAGGUACCAACAGAAGGCAAUCGACAAACUGCACGCCCAGUACGAAGCCGACCAUGCACUGGCGGUUCGGAAGCGAGAUGGUGAACUCCACAUCCUCAAAGAUACAACAAUGCAUCUCAUUGAGGAACUUCAGGAGGAAACACUCACCAUGCUCAUGGGAAAGAUGAUGGCAUUGAUCCAAGGGCGCAGAGUGGCAGAAGACGAUGAGCACACUGAGUAUGAUACAUCGGAUUCAGAGCAAUCCGUGAAGCAGUUCAUGUUCCGAGAUGGCGAGACGGCGGUUAGACAGGUGGAGCGUGGAUUCACCGCGGAAACAGUUCGAGACCCGGAAGGGGCAGUUGAUUUUGUGGCAGCGAAGGAGGGCUGGGAUGACUUCGUCCAACGAGUACGCAUGGGACGCUUGAAUGAGGAGAUUGCGCCAACAGAAAUUACCGAUGAAGAUGCCCUGCGCAUUUGUGCCAAGGGAGCCUUCACCAGCAUCAUCCACGCCGCAAACUACAUGUACGAACAAGAAUCAGCCGGCAAAUUCGUGAGCUACGAUGGUGCUGCUGAGGUUCCCGUGCACCCACGGGCUCUCUCCAUCCUGGCAGAUGCGGCCCUGGAGCCCCUGCCCCCACAUCUCCCCAUGAUGCGCACCGACCCGAGCACCCACCACCGUGCGCUCCUCCCCCAGCCCUCCCACGCCCACACGGGGGGCCUUCCUCCUUUCAUCCUCCCGCGGCCCACCCCGACCCAGCAGCCGCGACGCCUUCUUCCCGCGCGCCAGCAGCUGGGUCUGGGGUUGGGUCUGCCGGAUCCGUUCGCCAUGAACGGCCCCCCGCAACUGCCCCCACCCCCGGGCUCGAACUUCGCGCGUCUUCCUCUGCCGGGCUACAUGCCCCAGGGCCACGCGCCCUCCUUGUACUUUCCGCCGCCGCCAGGCUCGCACCCUCCGCCCCCGCCGCGCCGGUAUUAG